GGAGGAGAGGUGCGCGCUGAGAGCCGGUGCCAUCCUUCGGCAGCGCCCCGAGGCCGCCCUGGCCGCCCGUGCGGCGGCGGCGAGCGGUGAGGCGGCGUUACCAUGUCAACGCAGAUAUUGCCAUGUGAUAUCCAGUAUUUUUGGCAAUGAAUAAAGGCUCUGUAAGAAAAGCUUCAGGUAGAAAACCACUGACAUCAGCUUCCCAGACGUCUCAUCCAAUGUCACCUGUCAGUUCUGGUGCCACAUCUCCACAUCUUAGCCAACAGACAACUCCAGCUGCUCACAAAAGCAUGGAGCAGAGGCCCCAACAACGGGAUAUUUCAGCAGAAAAUGUUGGAUCUGCUUGGAAGUUUCARAAAGGUGAAAAUGGUGUUAGCCCAGGAGUUAAGUACAUAACUGAACCCGUUAUAAAGAGUCUGUCAAAACAGCAAAAUUUGGCUUUUAUAACCUCACUGAAUCUUUCUUCCCCGAAGGAUGGGGACAAGAAAUUUAAGUACAUAGAAAAUUUGGAAAAGUGCUCUAAGCUAGAGGUACUAAAUCUUAGUAACAACCAAAUAGAGAAGAUUGAGAAGUUGGAUAAACUGCUGAAGCUGCGGGAGCUCAACUUAUCUGGCAACAAAAUCAGCAAAAUUGAAGGCAUAGAACAUCUGCAGAACCUACAAAAGCUGAACCUGGCAGGGAAUGAGAUUGAGCACAUUCCUGUGUGGGUUGGGAAGAAACUGAGAUCCCUGCGGAGUCUUAGUUUGAAAAGGAAUAAAGUGUCCUCACUCCAUGAUAUAGCUAAACUAAAGCCUCUGCAAGAUCUCACCUCUCUGUUCCUUGCUGAAAAUCCAGUUGCAAUUCUGCCUCACUACUACCUGUAYACCAUAUUCCACCUGAGAGCACUGGAAAACUUGGAUGGACAGCCAGUGACAAACCAUGACAGGCAAGAAGCUCUGGAAAGGUUUAAUUUAGAAGAGAUAGAAAAAUUAGAAAGGGAAUUGGAAAACGCAGCAAAGGAGAUGGAGAACCUUAAACUUAACCAGUCCAAAGUGCUUGAGCAACUUCAGCAUCAGGAUGAGCUCAACAAAUCACUAAUGGAAAAGGCUUUGCAGCAGAGACAAAGCUUUGAAGACCUACAAAGGGACCUGGGCACCAAAAAUGAACUGCUGAAGCAGAAGACAGUGGAGCUCACCCGGGCUUGCCAGAAGCAGUAUGAGCUGGAGCAGGAGCUGGCCUUUUACAAGAUCGAUGCAAAAUUUGAGCCCUUGAAUUAUUUUCCUUCAGAGGAGGUUGAACUUGAUAAUGUACCUGGUGAAAGCCCCUACAUUGGUAAGGCCAGGUACAAAAGAAAUAUGUUUAUAAGGGAAGGCUACAUCACUGACAAAGCUCAGCAGCUGCAGGUUGGAAAAAUUCAGCAGGAGGAUGUUGACUCCUGUAAGAAACCCGAGCAUCUCCAAACUCUAGAUCAAAUACUGCAGGAAAAGGAAGAGAAGAUCAAUUCAGCACAAAGAAGAUUAGAAGAACUGCARAGUGAAAUUGGAGAUGCAGAGCAACAAGUGUUGAAAGUAACAGGGGAACUGCAACAACUGGAGGAUGCUCUGGCUCAGAAAAAAAUAUCCCAGGCCAGCAAGGAAGCAAUUGAACAGCAAUUGAGUGAAAGGUUACAAAUCCUACAGGAGCUACGCAAGGAAACCUUGGAACUGGAAAAACAAAUAGAGAAACAGAAAAGAGAAAUGGGGAAAAAUCAGAAAGAGCUUGAAGACUUGCAGAGUUCUCUUGGUUGUGUAAAUCCUGAGGAUCCAAGACAUGCUCACAUGAAAGCUCAAAAAGCAAGUAAAGAGCAGCACCUUGAUAUAAUGAACAAACAUUGCCAGCAGCUGGAGAGUCGCCUGGAUGAGAUGCUCUCCAGGAUUGCAAAGGAAACUGAGGAAAUCAAGGACUUGGAGCAGCAGCUCACUGAUGGUCAAAUAGCAACAAAUGAAGCACUGAAAAGGGAUUUGGAAAGUAUAAUCACUGGAUUACAGGAAUACCUGCAAAGUGUGAAGUAUCAGGCAAAACAGGCCAAUGAGGAGUGURAGAAGUUACAGAAGGAAAAAGAAUCUUUGCUGGGAAGAUUGGCAGAUCUGGAGGAGGAAAAAAMCAACCUGGAAGUKGUUGCCAUGGAUGCAGAAAAUAUGAGAAAAGAAAUUGCAAUGCUGGAGAAUGCACUCCAGGAGCAAAGAGAAAUAAAUGAGUCCCUUCGAGAUGCCCAGGAGAAGGUCAGCACCUAUGAGGCUGAGCUGGAAGCCCAGUUAAGAGAGAGGGAUGCUGAAGCCAAGCAGCAAAAAGAAGAAUUUGAAAGACUGAAACAACUCAGCCAGAUGGAGCUGUCAGCCCUACAAGAUGAACUUGAAAAAGAGAGACAACUGUUAGAGAAUGCUCAGACCAAAGCACAACUGGCAGAGGAGAAGGAGCAACAAAAUUACAAGCUCCUUUUGCAGUUCAAACAACUGCAGGGAGACAAUAAUUUCCUAAAACAACAGCUUAAAGAUCUCCAGAAUCAGCUCAACCAUGCAGUUGGGAACUUAAUUCAUCCUGAGGAUGUCAUGGCAUGUAUAAAUGAAUUCAGGCAAAAGCUUCAGACAGGAGAUGGAGAGAUCAAGUGUCCAGAUUCAGCUGAUGUUUUAGGGAAAAGCUUUGCAAGUCUGCAGAAAGAAUUCAAUGACAUCCUUGCUGAUGCUCGGAGAGAAAAAGAGAAAGCAUGGGCUGGACAGAGCCAAUUGCAGGAAGCAAUGGCAUCCCAGCAGGAAAAACUGGAAGAGCUACAGGAGAAAUACAGACAGGUUAAAGCUGAAAACAGGCAAAAUAAGAACAAGGUCCAUCAGUUACAGAAUGAAAUUCARCAUUUGCAUGAAAAAAUAAAGAGCAUGGAAGAGAUUCAGGGCCUGGCUGACCAGCAGCUCCAGGAGGURGAUGAAGAAAAAGAGGCCAUUCUUGCCCAGCUGGAGAAUUUAGAGAAAAGGAAAAAAAUAGAAGAUGCCAGGGCACAAAUGCAMAUGGCGAGUCUGGGUAAGGAGCUGAAGCAGCUGCAGAGAGCAGUUGUCACCUCAGACAARCUGGCRACCACYGAGCUGUCCCUYGCUGCAAACCAGCUCAGGGCUCUGSAGGACACUGUGCUCACCAUCAACCAGGAGAGAGCUGAGGAGAUUGAGGAAGCCCAAGGGUUCUGUGAUGAGGCAGCUCGAGCUUCCCAAGCUCUKGCUAGAGCAGAAGCAGAAAUAGAAUUGCUACAACAACUCCUGAAGGAGAAGGAAGAGCAAGUUCUGCAUGAAAUGGAGAAAACUGGUGAAAAAGCUGUUGCAUCAAACACACAGAAGUUCGAAAUUAAUAAAUUAAAUGAGGCUAUGGAGCAACAAAAAGCAGAGAUUGACCGUUUGAAAUGGUUAUUGGAUCAUUUUGGGACAGGUAACAAAGAUGAAAUUGAGGCCUUACAAGAUGAMAUUGCAGCCCACAGAAAUGCAUUCUCACAGCAGAAUGAUCACACCACCAGCACAGAGCCACUGAAAAGAAAGGGAUACUGGUAUUAUGUGCCAUCAUCACAGGCUUCAACUCCUGCUUCCAACAGCACCAAGGACUCUGGAGUGUGUUUGAGGUGCUGUGGCACAUCCUCAGCCACGAGAGGGGGUGAUCAGGACAGGCCCUGUGAGAGGGAAGACUUGCCCAGCCAAGGAUAUUGGGUUUAUUCACCAGUCAGAAAUAGGCUGUACAAAUCAAAUUCUGGCAAAGAUAGAAGAGUAAAAGAAGAUGAUGCAGGGAAGGCAGGAUCUCCUGUUCCUGAAGCCUCUCCCUUUGCCCCACCCCCAGGCACAGUUAUUUACACAGCCCUUCCAGAUGGGGCCCCUGCACCUCAGGGAAUGGGGGUUUAUGCCCCUCCUCCUGCAGCAGCCACCACGAGUCCAGUUGCUCCUGGAUCCAUUUUCCAUGGGCCACCUCCUGUGGGAUCCCAGACUCUUUAUGGCCCUCUGCCUGCAAACSUCACGGUGCCACUCGUUCCCCUGGGAGUGCUCCACUGCAAUGUGCCUGAACAUCAGGAUCUGGAGAGUGAAAUCUCAAGGCUGGAAGACACUGUGUGCUAUUUAAAGUCUCAGAAGUAUAAAGAGAAAUGCUCAGAGGCAGCUGAGCACAAAUACAAAAAAGAGGUUGAAAGAUUGCAUGAAAAUAUUGAGGAACUUGAGCAUGAAAGAGAGGAGCUGGAACGUGAAGUGGCAGAGCUGCGCCGAGCAGCUCCGAAACGGAGCACACGCAGGGACUUUAUUGACGGCUACACCGACAGCCUCCUCKCAGAGCUGCAGCUGGAAAGGUCCCUGCAGCAGCAGGAAGAUGUUGCAGAGGAGAUUGAAUGUGCAGAGAAAACUCUGCUGAAACGCAGAGCAGAGCUCAGAGAGGCUGACAGGCUCCUCACAGAGGCUCAGGUGGAACUCGAGAGCACCCGGGGCAAGACUAAAGAGACUCUUGAGAAGUACAAUCGUGCCAAACACCGUUUGUCCUGCACUGAAAUGGAGGCAGAGGAGCUGGAGCAGAGAGCUCAGGAAACAGCAACAAAACUUGUGAAAACAGCUCAGCAGCUCAGGUUAUUACAGACAGAUACGAGGAGUUUGGAACAGCACAAGAGGGAGCAAGAAGGCAUUUUGAAGGAAAUCAACAAAAUGGUGGCUGCAAAAGACUCUGAGUUGCAGUCAUUAAACCAGAAGAUAGAAAUGCUCACUGACAGUCUUCAGAAGCUCCAAGGAGAUAUUCAACUUGCAGAAGGUAAUGAGGCCCAGCAUCUCGAAAUCAUCAGAGAAGCAGAAAACCUUGUUCAGGGCAGGAAAACUGAACUGGAAACACUGAAAGAUCAGAUUUCUGCUCAGCAGCAAGAGCUCUUGUUCCUGGAGCAACAGAUAAAUCAGAGAACAGAAGAGCUCCGUGGCCUUGAGGACUGCCUUUCCCAAAAGAAAGGUCACCUCCAAGAAGCUCUUCGAGAUGGAGAGACUGAAGCACAUGAAAAACUUUGCCAAAUAAGGGAAAUAAAAGUACUUCUGGGAGAGCUUAGUGUUGAGAAGAAAGACCUGGAUGCCCAGAUGAAUGAGAAAAAAGCACAGCUUUUGGUCCUAAAGAAGGAUAUUAGAAAAGAGGAGGAAAAUCUGCAAGGAAUACUUGGACAGGUCACCAAGCAUAAGAUGGAACUGAAACAUGUGCUGGAAAUGCUGGAGCUUGAAAAGAAUGAACUGGAAGGUUUGAAACUACAACAUGACCAGAAGGUCAAUGAGCUGGAAAAGACUCAGGUUGCAGUUGUGGAGGAGAAAUUAAAACUGGAGAAUAUUCAGAAGUUAUUUCAGUGUCAGCAAGGGGAAGUGGAUUGGCAGGAACAGCUCCUCCAGAAAAACCAUGAGGAAAAUGAACUCCUGGGCUCUGAAAUGAGAACUCUGCAAAGCAAAAUCGAGGCUCUGACCAAMGAGAAGGAGAAGCUGGAAGAAGAUUCCAGGAAUUUGGAGAAGAAGUUGUCACAAGCCAAAAGAGACUUAACUGCUGCUGAAGACAGCAGCAGAACUGCACUGUCCAACAAGGAAAAACUGGAAUUGAAUGCUAAGAACCUGCAGAGGGAGGUGGAGCUACUGAAAAAGCAGAAGAAAUCACUGAAUGCAGAGAUUGUUGCUGUCCAGGAGGAUCUUCAAGGGAAAAAAGAAGAACUGGAAACACUGAAAGGAGAACUGAAUGGCUCAAGGCAGCAGCUUCAACUGAUGAAACAGGAUUUGGAAAACAGCUCAAAACAGCAGGAGGAGCUGCUCAGAAAGCAGGCAGCCCUGAAGGAAGAGAUCCGAGARUGUGUAAGGAAACGAAAGGAAUGCCAGGAGAGGCACAAGAGGAGGGAGAACCAAUUGCAGCAGCUCCGGAAAAAGAUUGAAGAGAAGGAAACAGAACUCACCCAACAGGAAGUGGUUCUUCGUCGCCUCAAACAAAACUCAGAGCAUGAAGAAAAAAGACUGGAAGAAUGUACAGCUAAAGUGAAGGAUCAGAAAAUCCUGCUGGAAAAGGAGCUAACAGAUCAACACAAAAAACUGGAGCAGGCAAUAGCAAAAGUCAGGCUGGCUGAACAGAACCUUGGGAAGCUGGAAGAGAAGGAGUCCCAAUGUGCAGCUCUUGAAGAAACCAUCAGAAAAAGCAAACAUCAGCUUUCAGAAAAAGAAAUACAGUUGCUACAAAAAGAAAGAGAAAUAGAGUGUCUUCAGAAUGAACUGCAAGUCUCCAAGUCUGAGCUAAAGCAACUCCAAGGUCAGAUAGUAUCAGAGAGGAGAGAAGCAGAAAAACAAAUCUUGGAUCUGAGAGAAAAACAGAAAAUGCAAAGGAUGGAGCUUGAAAGCAAACUGCAGGAGCACAAGCAUGGAGAUGCCAAUUUGCAAAGUGACAGAGCCGUGACUGAGCACAGUAACUGCCCACAGGCCAAGCAGCUCGUGGAGGACCUGGGCCAGACCCAUCAGGACCCCCAGAGCCAGGUUAAAGCCCAAGACAUGGAAGAGAGACAGAGGGAAAUGGAGAGUGCAGCAACAUUGCUUAACCUGGAGGUUGAAAACGAAAUUAARAUGGGGUUUAAUUCUCCAAGCUCAUCUUCUCUAGACCCGUUGGAAGAUUCGGAAGCUUUUCCUGAGGGAAGUCUGCAUUUUGAGUGGGAUAAUUCCUUCACUGCUGCUGACAGACAGCUCCUCUCUUUGGAAGACAAGUUCAGUAUUUCCAGAGUCUUGUUACUGGAUGAGCAGUGGAGGGGAGAGGCGCUCCAGGAGAAGCUGCAGCAGCACGAGGACCGGCUGAAGGCGCGGCUGCGGCGCUGCCUGGCCAAGCAGGCCGAGGUGCUGRUCCGGGGCAAGCAGCAGACAGCCGGGAGCCUGCACAGCCUCCAGCGCCGCCUCCAGCUGCUGGACASCCUGGUCAGCAGCUCGGCUUCAGAGUCACCCUACCUGCCCAGCAGCCCCAGCCUGGCAUCUCUGCACAGUUCUUUGAAUGUAACAAAAGCCCAGGCUCCUGUGCCAGGCCUGGCUGAGGUCCCCAGCAGCCCAGGGAGUACUCUGGGAUCACCAGUGCUGCAUUCCAGCUCCCACGGAGUCUCCCGGUGAAGGCCACAGGUGAGAGGUGGCUCCAGGCCGGUUCCAACUCCCUGAGACACAAACGCCUGCAAGGCUGAGGGACCUGUGGCUUCACAGAGCGUGCUGUCCCUUGGCAGUGACAGCAUUCCUGUGGCUGCUGUCUGUUCUGGUUUAGGUUUGUGUGUCAUGCAGAACAGUCUGGGUGAGAGCUGCUGGGAGCUCUCCUGGGACAUGAGUUACUGCUGCAUAAACUGUUGCCAUGCCUGSUCUUCCAGGAACUUUCCUGGUUAAGCUGUUCAGCCCUGAGGCUGAACCUCUGUUACAGCUGGUUCCACACCAGCCUGGUACAAAAGUGUCCUUUUGUAAUGGUUUCAGAUAAAAAUGUUACUUGAAAAGUGGCUUCUCUUUAAAAGAAGAGCCCAAAGCACAUCCACAGCUUGAACAGGGGCCCUCAGGUGCCCUCUGAAGAGUUCUCCUACCUCACUGGGUGAGCCUUGUCUGAAAAGGCCUUUGCCACCACUCCCAAACAGCUGCUGCAGGGCCUGCUCUAUGAAGGUUUUGUACAAGUGAGUAWGAGGUUGAUAGAGGUCGGUUUGUUUUUAAAAAAGCUAUUUUAAAUGUGUAUUUAAAUACAUGUCCAAACCAACCUCCUAUUUAAGUGUUCAGCUAGUGGCCAGUUUCCACUUUAAAGAAACUUUGUUACAAGGCCUGAUCUGUUGCCAAAUGCACCGAGGUUUAAAAUGCAAUUAUUUUGGAUACUUUCUUAAAAUAAACUUUUGUAAUUGAUGCUUU